UCGCAAACGUCAAACUCUGUGGGAAAACAUUUAAUGGGAAAAAUUGUGGCAUUUUCGGGUUUUCACGCAUUUAUGUACUUAAAAUAGGAUACUUACGAAUCGUUUUGUGCAGAAAAAGACAUUUCAUCCGUGAUUUUCGACCAAAAUAAAAAAUGUCGAGUUCCGGAAAGCGUAAGGAAAUUUACAAAUACAUCGCGCCAUGGCCUCUGUACUCGAUGAACUGGAGUUUGAGGCCCGACAAGCGAUUUCGACUCGCCCUGGGGUCAUUUGUGGAGGAAUACAACAACAAAGUGCAAAUAAUCAGUUUGGAUGAGGAGACCAGCGAGUUCCGGGAACGCAGUACCUUCGAACAUCCGUAUCCGACGACAAAAAUAAUGUUUAUUCCGGACUCCAAGGGGGUUUUCCCCGACUUGCUUGCCACAUCGGGAGACUAUUUGCGGGUUUGGCGUGCCGGCGAACCAGAAACACGUCUCGAAAUUGUCCUGAACAACAAUAAAAACAGCGAUUUUUGUGCGCCACUGACGAGUUUCGACUGGAAUGAGGUCGAUCCGAAUAUCGUGGGCACCUCCAGCAUCGAUACGACAUGCACAAUUUGGGGCUUGGAGACGGGACAACCACUUGGAAGGGUCCAAGCCGUUACGGGACAUGUGAAAACGCAGCUGAUUGCACACGACAAAGAAGUUUAUGACAUUGCAUUUUCCCGAGCCGGCGGCGGACGAGACAUGUUUGCUAGUGUUGGAGCUGACGGGUCUGUGCGAAUGUUCGAUUUGCGUCAUUUGGAGCACUCGACGAUCAUUUAUGAGGAUCCCACGCAUACGCCACUCCUACGACUCGCAUGGAACAAACAAGAUCCGAAUUAUUUGGCGACCAUUGGGAUGGAUUCGUGCGAAAUUAUCAUCUUGGAUGUACGAGUGCCGUGUACGCCAGUUGCUCGGCUCGCGAAUCACAGAGCUCCUGUCAAUGGAGUUGCCUGGGCACCGCACAGCUCUUGUCACAUCUGUACGGCGGGCGAUGAUCAUCAAGCACUGAUCUGGGAUAUUCAACAGAUGCCGCGCGCUAUCGAAGAUCCCAUUUUGGCGUAUACGGCAGCUGAAGGAGAGGUGAAUCAGAUACAAUGGGGACAACUGCAGCCGGAUUGGAUAGCAAUUUGCUUCAAUAAGUCAUGUGAAAUACUGCGGGUUUAAGCACGUACUUUUGAAAAUUGUCGCAAAAUGACAGAAAAAAUGUAUCGUUAGGAGCUUUAGAAGCUAGCACAUUGAGGUCGAUACAAUAAUCAAAAAUAUUUUGGAUUUUACAGACUUUUUGGCAGAAUUUAUGAGCUAAAAGCUCGUUUUCAGAUUCAAAAUAUCAUCAAAAAAAUUUUUUCGAGAUCUAAAAAGUGAAUUUCGAGACCUAAAAAUUUCAACUCGAGAUGUAAAAAUUCAUUUUUAAGCGUAAAAGUUCGUUUCGAGAUCUAAAAAGUUCAUUUCGAGAUCUAAAAAGUUCAUUUUGAGACCUAAAAAGUUCAUUUUGAGAUCUAAAAAGUUCAUUUCGAGAACUAAAAAUUUCAACUCGAGAUGUAAAAAGUUCAUUUUGAAAUGUAAAAAUUCGUUUCGAGAUCGAAAAAAUUCAUUUCGAGACCUAAAAAUUCAUUUUAAGAUCUGAAAAGUUCAUUUCGAGAUCUAAAAAUUUCAUUUCGAGAUCUAAAAAGUUCAUUUUGAGAUCUAAAAAGUUCAUUUCGAGACCUAAAAAGUUCAUUUCGAGACCUAAAAAUUUCAAUUCGAGAUCUAAAAAGUUCAUUUCGAGACCUAAAAAGUUCAUUUCGAGACCUAAAAAGUUCAUUUCGAGACCUAAAAAGUUCAUUUCGAGACCUAAAAAGUUCAUUUCGAGAACUAAAAAUUUCAACUCGAGAUGUAAAAAUUCAUUUUUAAGCGUAAAAGUUCGUUUCGAGAUCUAAAAAGUUCAUUUCGAGACCUAAAAAGUUCAUUUUGAGAUCUGAAGAGUUCAUUUUGAGACCUAAAAAUUUCAACUCGAGAUGUAAAAAUUCAUUUUUAAGAGUAAAAAUUCAAUUUUAAGAGUAAAAAUUCGUUUCGAGAUCGAGAAAAUUCAUUUCGAG